CUUGUUAGAAGAUGUAUAAAUCAUAAACCAUUUGGGUUAACUGCAUCGUUGAAGAACUGAACGACAGAAUUUUCUCAAUGUUUUAAUUUAGUUACUGGUCCAAUUCUAUCAAAACUAAAUGUGGUAACCGUGUUGUAGAAUAGCGCACCACUGAAAUGGCGUCCUCUUUCCUCUCCACCUAUGCCUUUUUGACACAGCAGCACUGCCAAUGACUUCCCAGUCACUGGACUUUGCCCUGGCAGAUUGGCUAUUGAGGAGAAGUCAGCAACAGGAGUAUCUGUUCAGUGGUGGUUAACUGCUUUUGUGUACGAAGCAUAGAACGCUCCAAUCUAUAAGUGUGGAUUAAAUUAGUAUGCAGUGUAAAACAUGGCAGACAGGAAAGCUUUGGAACUGAUCAGUGGUCAACCAGACUUCCUGCAGUUUAAUGACCUGGCUUGUGAGACAGCUGGAGGAAAAGUUAUUUUUGCCACAGAUGAAUGGUUUGCCCCAGCUAGGAAUCUGUUGAAGCAAGAGCCCCCAGAGUUCAUAGCGUCUGCAUUCACUGAGUACGGAAAAUGGAUGGACGGCUGGGAGACGAGGAGGAAAAGAAGACCUGGUCAUGACUGGUGCAUCAUCCAGUUGGGUGUGCCUGGUAUCAUCCACGGCCUGGAUGUGGACACGUCCUUCUUUACCGGAAACUACUCGCCCUUCGUCUCUGUUCAGGCUGCGUCUCUGGGUAUAGGUGAGGCCCCGACACUGGCCCUGGAGGGGGACCGCAUAGGCAAGGCUGCUUCAGAGAGUCAGUUUCAAGCAGUUGCUAUGUUGCACUCUGAACUGUGGGAGGAGCUCAUUCCUGUGACGGAGCUGAAACCUGGCUACUAUGACACCUGUCACAACUAUUUCUCCACCACCUACCCCAGCAGGGUGACCCACCUGCGGCUCAACAUGUACCCAGAUGGGGGGAUUGCUCGACUGAGGGUCUAUGGCGUUGGCCAGAAAGACUGGUCUUGUGUGACCACAAAGGAUGAAGUGGACCUGGUGGCUCUGGUCAAUGGUGGGGUCUGUCUGGGCUACAGCGACGCCCACUAUGGUCACCCACGGAAUAUGAUUGGCUUGGGUAGAUCUGCCAACAUGGGUGAUGGAUGGGAGACGGCCCGUCGCCUGGACAGACCCAAAAUCCUGGAGGUGGAUGUGAAUGGCAUCCUACAGGUACCAGGUUACGAGUGGGCCGUUCUCAGAUUAGGACAUCCUGGAGUGAUCAGCCAAAUUGAGAUAGACACCAACCACUUCAAAGGAAACUUCCCUGACUCCUGUAAGAUCGAAGCAUGCCUUCUGACCCCUGAGGAGGAGAGGGAGUAUAUAAGUGGCAGGUGGAGCAGCGAUCCAGGAAAGAAAUGGCGGGUGAUCCUGCCCCCUCAAAAACUCAAGGCCCAUCACAGGCACUUCUAUUCUGGUGACCUGCUGGCGCUUUCUGGGCCGGUCAGUCACAUGCGCUUGGUCAUCGCCCCAGAUGGAGGGGUCAGCAGACUUAGACUCUGGGGACGUCCGACCUCCACAAGACACACUUCCUAAUUGUGAUCUUUUUUUGGGCUAAGUUAUUGUAUACAGUUUGGUGAGGUCAUUGUGUAAACUGAAUUAAAAUGUUAAGUAGUCUGCUGUAGGUUACAUCUCGUAAUAGACCUUCAUUGGAAAAUGUACAACUGGGUCUAAGAAUAUGCACCAUACUUUAUAACCUUUAUUGAAUGAUAUCCAUUAAAGAUGUUUGGAAUUGUUGUGA